AGCUAGUUCAGAGUUGUUUUCAAAAUGAAGAAGGAAACUGGUGGUCGUCAGCGGGAAUAUGUUCUGUCUUUUCGUAUUUUGUGACGAUUCCAACUAUUUUGCAGAAGGUUAAAUUUCGAUCAUCUCUCACGAUUGACAUGGAGGAGAAAUCUGGGUCUCUGGGAGUUCAAGAAGAGAGAGAUCUCAAGAAGUUUUUGAAAUUUCUAUCGCAAAAGGCGGUGCAAGUGAUUGUUCAGUCACGUCUUGGAGAAAAGAUUCAUACCAAGUCUAAACCUAAUGCAAUGGGCCAAGACUGGUUCAAUCUUGCAAUAAACGAUAACCCAGAUGUAAUGUCAGAGGUAAAAAAAGUGAUGGCAAAUGGAAGGCUUCCUUCUAAAGACAGUGCCAUGUGUGUGGAGAUAUCUCUGAAGACCAGUGAUGGAGACUCUAUGGUAUUAGAGACAUGGUGUCUUGGUAUGAAUGACAGGAUUGAUCCCAAUGCCAAAGUGACAUACACAGUUUAUAACAGAAUUGGAAUGCUUCUCAAGUCUCUUACAUCAGUGACAAGAGUUACGCCAGCCUAUCAACUGUCACGCAAACAAGGCUCAGACUUCAUAGUGUGUUACCAGGUUUACUUUGGUGAUGUCAGGUUUCAAGAACUUGGAGAAGGCUUUCAGACUCUGAGGGUGGGUUCCAUUGGUACUCCAGUUGGUUCCAUAACUUUAUCUGCUGCUUGCAGGACAAAGCUGACCUUGCCAGAAAAACAACAAGUCACGGUACAAAGUAACCAUUUCGGCUCAGAGUUGGUGCAGAAGCCUUCCGAUCAACUGGAUUGUGCUUUGCCAUGUGGAACAUUUGACUUAACAGCUGAAGCGAGACAUCAAAUCGCAGAGCAGAUAGCAAGCGCGACAGAAACGGAAGUAACCCGACCAACAACUGCAUCUUCAAACACUCCUCCGUCGACAGCUCACAAACUCAGCUCAACAUCUUCACCACCUGGAAUAAGGCGCAUCAGUCAAGAAGUCAACAACACAGGGAAACACGAGAUAACCGGACCCGCAAGUUAUUCUCAACCCAUUAGCUACGCAAAAAUGCGAACAAAAGGAGCCUUUGUGAGCAGUCCAGCAUCGCCUGAAAUUCAGUCAAUGCUUACAAACCUGUCAUCGACUCCACCGUUUGCAUCGCUUUUAAGAAAAGAGGUUGAUAACAAACCAAGUGGUCUACCGGCCUCAGAUAGCAACCUCAAAAAAUCACCAGUGAUACUGCAUAGAAGGGACAGUUCAUCUGACAGAACAGAUGGAAGCAAACCAUCCGCGAUACAGUCUCCACCCCUCCCCAGUCAGCUGGUGUGGGAUGAUGACUUCGUUAUGGUCGAGUUGAAACCAGCCUUCGCGUGUCAUUGGACAGCAUCAACAGGUGAUCUUGGUAGCUUCUUUCGUGAAUGUCAGGCAGCGCCUCCACUGAGUCUAUUUGAAGACACUGAGGUGUCGUCGCCAGAUAACAUUAUGGACCGUUUGGAUGGGGAAUUGUGCAGCUUUCGCGAGAACGCAUUCAAAUUUGACGAACUUGUUGCCGAGCUACAGCAGAGGUGAUAUCCGCUGCAGAUGAGCUUGGCUUUGGAUAUAAUUUUGAUUAGCGUAAAAGAAUGGGAGAAUUCAAUUCGAGGCUACUGAUUGUUUUGCCAAUAUCCCAUGUCUCCUUGACGUCCAUAGUCACCCCUACAGCGGCUUCGUCAUGAGUCGAUUUGCCCUCCAGAUAUGCGACAGACACCUGCGUUGAGGAUUUAGUUAUUAGUUAAUCCCACAUGGAAGUUUUCUUUCAAAGAUAAUCUGCACAAAGCUAUAGUGAGAAUUAAAGUAUCGAGUCUCCUGGAAGAUAACUGAACAUUUACCUCUCGUAUCGCUUGAAGGUGGUCUCAGCGUGAAAAAAGAAUUGUCGAUUAAGGACUCGGUAGUGAUUUCUAGAUUUCGGAUCCCCAAAAGCGGAAGUGAUCUAAAAUAGCUCUAUCCACUCUUGAUUUUCAAGAGAAAAGGAAGCUUUUAGUUGAAGUUUUCGAUAUACAUGACGCUAUGAAAAUUGUAUCGUUGAAAUCUUUACAUAGCCAUGCUAUAUUUUAAGAUUAAUCACUUUGAAAAUGAUAUCGAAAAGAUUUGGCGAAUCCUCUGAGAUGCUUGGUCACUCAGUUCUCAAACCAAAGACGAAUAGGCAAUUUCCGAAUUACCCUUGGCCUCUUUUUCAAAACGAGGCCUGGUGCUCAACCAUUCUUGUGAAAAUGAGUUUA